AUGGCACAAGGCGCCGUCAAAAAAGCCGCCAAGCCCGCCGGCGUCACCAAGAGCCAGCGCACACAACGCGGCGCCCGUGUCAUUGCGCCUAAGAAGGUGAAGCUGAUACAGCAGCAGAAACUGGUCAAGAAACAUACAUCCGGCCUCACGGCUCUGACGGAGAAGAAUCUCGCGGAGAAGGCGGGACAUCUGGAAUUGCUGAGGGGUGGGAAGAAGGACAAGAAGGGCGGAAAGGGGGCGGAGAGGAAGGGCGAGAAGGGAGAGAAGAAGGGCAAAUAA